CUCCUUUUUCAUCUCCAUCUCCAGAACAAAGCAUCCCUUCUCCUCAUCUUCUCCAUCUCCAAUAACCAAAUCAAAGAGUUCAUUGAUUCCAAUCCAUCCGAGCUUCCAUCCAUGGCCGACUCAUCAGAUCUGGACGACAAGGACGCCGGCGCUGGACCCUCAUCCACUGCUCGGAUCCGUGCUCCAUCAACCACAAGCAUCCACGUCACAGCUCUGGAUGGCCUGGUUAACGUCAACUCACUCUUCACGAUCGCCGUCUUCGUCGGCCUCUCGCUCACCACACCAGGCCAGAGAAGCCUGGAAGGGAUCUCCGCCUGCGACGCCGGCCCCGACGUGAUCCGCAACCUGCUGGUCUUCGAAGUGGUGGCCUUCAGCUUCUUCCUUUUCUCCAGCCUGAUUGCGCAAGGACUGAAGCUGGCGAUCAAUCUAUUGAACAGCAACGACAUUGAUGAUGCUUUUAGGGCACACAUCAACGCUAGGGUUUUGAGAUUGGGGAUGCUGGGAUCAGCGGUGGGAUCGGUGAUGGGAUGCUUGUUCUUGUUGCUAUCGAUGGUGAACGUGGUGCAAGUGAGGUUGGGGAUGUUGUCGUGCGGCAGCAAGGCGGCGGUCCGGGCGGUGGCGGCGCUGGUGACGCUCGUCACCACCGCACUUGUUGUUUAUAUUUCCACUGUUUUCUAUGCCUUCACUCACUGAUAAGUAAUAACUAGUAAUUUUUUUUUUA